AUGCCCGAAGUAAUGAUAUCCGGUAUACCAGUCAAUUUUCCCUUUGAGCCUUAUGAAGUACAAAAGGCGUACAUGGAGAAGGUUAUUGAGAGUUUGCAAAAUAACUCAAACGCACUGUUGGAAUCACCUACGGGUACAGGAAAAACGUUAAGCUUAUUAUGCUCAUCCAUAGCUUGGUUAUUAGUAAGAAAAGCACACCUACAGAUGAAUGCGCAGCUGGGGAAUUUUUCUGAGCAUAGUGAAGUUCUUAAAUUGCGCGAUAACCUUAGAAGUAAUGCAGGUAAAAACAAAGAUAAUACGACAUGGGGAAUGCCAAAAAUAAUUUAUUCAUCCAGAACACACUCUCAGCUAACUCAGGCUAUGCAAGAAUUAAAGAGAUCCAGUUAUAAGCAUGUUAAGGCUACCGUUUUAGGGUCAAGAGAUCAAAUGUGUAUACACCCAGAGGUUUCCAAAGAAACAAAUAAUAUGAAUAAAGUUUUCAUGUGUCAACUGAAGGUUAAAUCGAGAACAUGCUAUUUCUAUAAUAAUGUUGAAGCUAAGAAAGAUGAUCGUUCUGUUAAGGGUGAUGAAAUAUUAGAUAUUGAAGAUCUUGUGACCGUUGGAAAGAAGUUGAAAUGUUGUCCAUAUUAUUUAUCCAAAGAGUUAAAACAAGAUGCAGAUGUAAUUUUUAUGCCCUAUAACUAUUUACUGGACCCAAAAUCUAGAAAAGCAAAUGGAGUAGAACUUACAAAUAAUGUAGUAAUAUUAGAUGAAGCUCACAAUGUUGAAAAAAUAUGUGAAGAUUCAGCUUCAUUACAAAUCAGGACUACUGAUGUUGCAUUAUGCAUUGAUGAAAUAACUCAUGUAAUGAAAUCUUUUGUUGAAUCUUCUGAAGAAAAUCUUGACUCAACGCUUGACACAAAUCAGCCAAAAGACUUUACAUGUGAUGAUUUGUGUAUAUUAAAAGAAAUGAUGCUUACAUUAGAAAAGGCUAUUGAUGAGAUUGAAGUUCAAAAUGAAGGUUCAACUUACCCAGGGGCAUAUAUAUUUGAGCUUUUGGCUAAAGCUGAAAUCAGAGAUCAUAAUCAAAUGUCUGUAAUAUCAUUAAUAGAAAACCUUAUACAAUAUUUAUCUACAGGAAGCGCUUCACCAUUUCAAAGGAAAGGCACUGGAUUGCAGAAGAUAUUAGAUUUGUUAAAUAUUGUUUUCAGUGGUACAUCACACACUUACAAGGAGAGAGUUAAAAUGUGUUACAAAGUUCACAUUCAAGUAGAAGAGAAAAAAAGUAACAAAACGGCAAGCUGGGGUGCUUUGAAGUCCACUACUUCUAAAGCAGCUGAAAGAGUUUUAAGCUAUUGGUGUUUUAGUCCUGGUUUUGGCAUGAAGCAAUUAGUUGAUCAGAAUGUGAGAAGUAUAAUUUUAACAAGUGGUACUUUAGCACCUAUGAAACCAUUGAUAUCUGAACUAGCCAUACCAAUCAGUGUCCAGUUGGAAAAUCCACAUAUAGUCAAAUGUGAUCAGAUUUGUGUAAAAGUAAUCAGCCAAGGUCCUGAUUCAAUUGUUUUAAACUCUAAUUAUCAGAAUAGAGAUAAUCCGAAAUACAUUAUGUCGUUGGGGAGAACUAUUCUUAGUUUUUCUCGAGUUGUCCCAGAUGGACUAUUAGUCUUUUUUCCUUCAUAUCCAAUAAUGAAUAAAUGUCAGGAAAUGUGGCAAGCUGAGGGUAUAUGGUCAAGUAUUAAUAAUAUUAAACCAAUAUUUGUUGAGCCUCAACGUAAAGAUACUUUCAAUUCUAUAAUAAAUGAUUAUUAUGCUAAAAUUAGUGACCCAAACACUAAGGGAGCAUGUUUUAUGGCUGUUUGUAAAGGAAAAGUAUCUGAAGGGUUAGACUUUGCUGAUAUGAAUGGAAGAGCCGUUGUCAUAACAGGUUUACCAUUUCCACCUCUGAAAGAUCCUAGAAUUAUAUUAAAAAAGAAAUAUCUGGAAGAGCUCAGAGUCAAACAAAAAGAUUUAUUGUCGGGAGAUGACUGGUACUCAUUAGAAGCUUCAAGGGCUGUGAAUCAAGCUAUAGGACGAGUAAUUAGGCAUAAGAAUGACUACGGAGCAAUUUUAUUAUGUGAUAGUAGAUUUAGUAACCCAAAAUUAAAAAAUCAGCUGUCUGCUUGGUUGAGGGAUUAUAUUACAGCCUCAAGUAAAUUCGGAGAGGCAGUAAGUGAGGUUUGUAGAUUUUUUAAAAGUGCAGAGACAGUCCUACCCUCACCAAAAUUAAAACCUUUGUUGCCUAAUGAAAUAAACUAUUCAAAUGAUAAUAAUUCUAGAAAUAUUACCGGGGUAUCUUUUCCAUCAGUUAGUACUAGACUUGUUGCCAAGACACAUAAGAAGCCUGUAGCUGAGUAUCCCAGUUCAAAUGAAGUAUAUGCUGAUUUUAAUAUGGACUUUUACAAAAAUGCACAGCAAUCUUCAAGUUCUAAAUUGUUCAAACCAAAGGAGGCAAAAGAUCUAUUCAGUGCAAUAGACACAACGAAUGAAUCUGUACAAUCAACAUCAACAGUAGCGAUUCAUAAAAGACAGGCAGAUGAUAUUAAUAUGCCCAAUAUCAAGAAAAAGAGAUUGAAAAUUAAAGCAUUUGGGUUUGAAGAGAAUCUCAGAAAUAAUGGUAGUGUUACUACCGAGUCUAGACCUGAAAAAGUCGCUCCUGCAUCCUUAAUAGAUUUUGUCAAAGAAAUAAAAUCGCUGUUGGAUUCUGACCAGUACAAAUUAUUUCAAGUAUCCAUAUCAAACUAUAAAAAAGAGGGAGCCUACGAGCCAUUUGUCAAUACCUUAAGUGGAAUAUUGGGAAAUAGAAAAUUACUUUACUUAUUAAAAGGAAUGAAGAGAUUUUUUAAAGAAGAACAUAAGGAUAGUUUUCAAAUUUUUUGUGAUAAUUUUCAAUCUAAUUAA